AUCGACGCGCGGGGAUGCGCGAGCGUGCCGCGGACGGCGCAGACAGUAAACAGAGAGCACGCUGACGCUCGUCAAAGGUAGUGCCCCGGGAUGCCAACGCAGCUCAUGUUGGCGCUGCUCGCAGCCACAGCAGCGAGCACCCUCGCCCGGCCUCCAGAGCCCACGCCGUCUCGAGUGGUGUCGCUGGAGCCCGCGCCGCGGGGCCCGCUCCGCCAGCGCGUGCCCAUUCCCGAGUCGCGAGAGUACCUGUUACCGAGGUUCCUGCUGCCACACUUUCUAGGCUACGAUGACAGCCCCCGGAUGCCACCGCCGCCGCAGCGAACUUUACCCGACCACGAUUGGCUGAACAAGGAAAUUGAUCGCAUCAAUCAGAUGUCAGGUGAAAGUGAAUCCAUCCUGAGGCCAUACGAUGAGGAGUUGGCCCACUGGAUUGCCCGCGACCCUUAUGUGCAGCGUAUGUUCGAAGAUCCCGUGAAAACGGCUCCUAGCCACAAAUUUGUUCUAGAGUCUAUGAACGAAGCAGAUGAAACCAGAGAGAGACCACGUCUAAUGCUGGCUCCCUCUAUUCAUGAAAUAAAAGGCCUAAGCAAACGCCCCGAGAAACCGGCCAGUGAUGAUAGGAAAUCAUUUGCGUUCACCCCUCUCGAUAAAGGCUAUUUUGAACCAGACCUGAUGGCGAAAACACAACAAGAAGUUAUAGUGGAUACACCCAGUAUCGAGGAACCUUUGGCAGCUAUGGUUAAGGAGCCACCUCGGCAAACUCGGCAAAAUCCCAAUCUCAGUCGUACCAAAACUCUUGUCACCGAAAACAUAGACAAACUGAGAAGCGGACUGGCUAAUAAGGACUACCGAUUACCUGUCUCCUUACUGCCAACCAACCUGGGCUGGUUGAAAAUAAAUUCUGUUGAGGAUGAGGAGAGCAACGGCCACGAAGACGGUUUGAUGGCAGAGAAGGGUAGAGAGCACAUUCACGUUCUGGAGGCCUCCAGCAACGACCCCAUAGACCCACUGUUGUUUGCUGCCGUAGGCGGGGCUAUUGCGGCAGCUGUUAGCCUUACCAUCUUCGGAUUCACCUUCGCGUGGUAUACGUUGGCCAAAAAAGCGAAGGCUGCAGCUGACGUGGACUACCCGGCUUACGGAGUGACGGGACCUACGGUAGACUCUACAGGCGACAGGAAACUUGCACACUCGGCGCACAUGUACCAUUAUCAGCACCAGAAGCAGCAAAUCAUUGCGAUGGAAAAUAGGAUAGACCUGGAGCAGCGCCUGGGCUCGGUGUCGGAGCCCGAGUCGGAGGAGGAGAACGAGGAAGGUGACUACACCGUGUACGAAUGCCCCGGUUUCGCCACGACUGGUGACAUGGAGGUGAAGAACCCGUUGUUCUCAGACGACCCCACCCCGGCCACUCCGGGCAAGUGCGAAGUGGUGAAACCCCAACCCAAGGACUAACUGCAUACCAAAAAUUCUUCCUUCUACGGCUUUGUCUUCUUCCUUAAUAACAAUAA